AAAAUUUAGAUUUAAUGAAGUAUUCAAAAAUCUCAGAUGAAACAAGAUUAGCCUUUAUUAAUAAAGUAUAAUAAGGAGUCUGUACAAUUAAGUAGGCAGCCAAGUAAUUUGGAAUUAAAUUUUCCACUGGCAAAGCCAUUUUAUCAUUAUAUAAACAUGAAGGUCGUGUUGGGAAAAAACAAAAGAGAAUUAGAAAAAUAAAGAAAUCAAAUGAACAAGAGUAAAGAGAGACUGUCAAAAAUAUAAAAGAAGAAACUCUCUCGAAUGUAAAACAAGGUCAGGAGGUUUAAAAUGGCUAAAAUAGUUAUUCUUAAUUUAACUCUUAUGCUCAAUAAUAUUAUAACUACUAACAAUGGUAUAAUGCCAAUGCCUGGUUAUAAUACUUAUCUGGAAUGGGUUACCAAAAUAUUUAAUACCAAGGAAGUAGAUUUUGA